GUGUCCCGCGCUCUGCCCAUCUCUCCCUACCAGAACAUGAAACAAAGGCAGGUCGGGGGGCCCGGGGCCCCUGGCGGUUGUAACGGAUCCAGUAGCGGCGCCGGUGGCGAGUCCCGGUUAGCGGGAGCCAGGCAGCGCAGAAGGAGGCGGCGGGGAGGCGGAGCCGCGGCCGCCGGGGAGGACGGCAGUCCAGCCGGGCGGGACAGGCACAUGCAGGCCGGGCCGCGGCGGGAGGAGCCCAGGAGGGAACCCGAGGAGGAGGAGGAAGACGGCGAGGAGGAGGAGGACGAUUGUGAGGAAGAGGAGGACGACGAGGAAGCCGGAGACGAGGAGGCAGAGGGCCGGGACGGGGACGCUAUGGCUACCGGGACUCCGCUUCUUCAGGCCCGAAGGAAGGACGGAGGCCCGUCCACCAAGUACUGGGAGAGCCCGGACACCGUGUCCCAGUUGGACGGAGUGCGCGUCUGGCUCGGCAAGAACUACAAGAAGUACAUCCAAGCCGAUUCCCCGACCAAUAAAGCUCUGGCCGUUCUGGUCUCCCAACUCCUGCAGUUCCAGGAAGAGGCUUUUGGAAGACAAGUGGCCAACCCGGCCUUCACCAAACUGCCUGUAAAAUGCUUCCUGGAUUUCAAAGCGGGGGGCGCCCUCUGCCACAUACUGGGGGCCGCGUACAAGCACCGCACCGACCAAGGAUGGAGGAGGUUCGAUCUGCUAAACCCGUCGCGGAUGGAUCGGAACGUCGAGAUGUUUAUGAGCAUCGAGAAAACCUUAAUGCAGAACAAUUGCCUGACGCGGCCGACAGUCUACCUCGUGCCUGAAAUCGACCUGAAGUUGGCCAAUAAGUUAAAGGAUGUCGUGAAGCGUCAUCAGGGCUCCGUGACGGAGGAGAAGCAGAAGGCCUCGCAUCACGUCUACCCCAUUCCCGCCUCGCUGGAUGACGAUGAUUGGCUGAGACCCGUAAUAAAAAAGGACAAGCAGGUUCUGGUGCACUGGGGCUACCACCCGGACAGCUACGACACCUGGAUUUCAGCCGCGGAUUUAGACGCCGACGUGGAAGAUCCUCCGAUAGCAGAAAAACCGUGGAAGGUUCAUGCUAAAUGGGUUCUGGACACGGAUUUAUUCAACGAGUGGAUGAACGAGGAAGACUACGAGGUGGAUGAAAGUAAGAAAGCAACCAAUUUCCGGCAGAGGAUCUCCCUGAAGAGCGAGGAGGCCGUCCGAAGCCCCGAGCGGAAGGACCGGAAAUCUCUCGCCAGCGUCAAAAAGAGGAAGCGCUCGCCGUCUCCGCAGACGCCGGCCGAGUCCCGGAGAAAGCCCGGCAAGAAAGGGCCGGGGAAUCUGUAUGGGAAGCGGAGAGGACAGAAGGACGAGGAGGAGCAGGAGGAUCUGACCAAGGAUAUGGAGGACCCCACGCCGGUCCCAAACAUGGAGGAGGUGAUCCUGCCAAAAAACGUGAAUCCCAAGAAGGACAGCGAGCACACGCCGGUGAAAGGCGGCCUGGUGGCGGAUCUGGAUGAGCAGGAGGAGGACGCGGUCGCUGCCAGCGGGAAGGAGGAUGAAGACCCCGGCAGAGACCAGAGCAGGAUGAUGGAUAACGGGGAGGAUAACGUCACCGAGCAGACGAACCACAUCAUCAUCCCGAGCUACGCCGCCUGGUUUGAUUAUAACAGCAUUCACGUCAUCGAGCGCCGGGCCGUCCCCGAAUUCUUCAACGGAAAGAACAAGUCGAAGACCCCCGAAAUAUACCUGGCGUACCGGAACUUCAUUAUAGAUACCUACCGCCUGAACCCCCAGGAGUACCUGACGAGCACGGCGUGCCGGAGGAACCUCACCGGAGACGUGUGCGCCGUCAUGAGGGUCCACGCUUUCCUGGAGCAGUGGGGUCUGGUGAAUUACCAAGUGGAUGCAGACUCUCGCCCCAUGGCCAUGGGCCCUCCACCCACACCCCACUUCAACGUGCUUGCCGACACUCCUUCCGGACUCGUGCCCCUGCAUAUGAGGACCACUCAGGUGCCUUCGGCUCAGCAGAUGCUGCAUUUUCCUGAGAAAAACAAAGACAAACCGAUGGACCUCCAGAGCUUCGGUCUGCGCACGGACGUCUAUUCAAAGAAGACUCUGGCUAAGAGUAAAGCCGGCAGCGCUGGCCGGGAGUGGAUGGAGCAGGAGACGCUGCUGCUGCUUGAGGCCCUGGAGAUGUACAAAGACGACUGGAACAAAGUGUCUGAGCACGUGGGGAGCCGCACUCAGGACGAGUGCAUCCUCCACUUCCUGCGCCUGCCCAUCGAGGACCCGUACCUGGAGAACUCGAACGCGUCCCUCGGGCCCCUCGCCUACCAGCCUGUCCCGUUCAGCCAGUCCGGCAACCCGGUCAUGAGCACCGUGGCCUUCCUGGCUUCCGUGGUGGACCCGAGAGUGGCCGCGGCCGCCGCCAAAGCUGCUUUAGAGGAGUUCUCGCGCGUCCGGGAAGAAGUGCCGCUGGAACUGGUCGAGGCUCAUAUCAAAAAAGUGCAGGAAGCGGCCAAAGCCCUGGGCAAGGUGGACCCUUCGUACGGGCUGGAGAGCAGCUGCAUAGCGGGGACCGCCCCCGAGGAGCCGGAGAAGACGGCAGAUGCCGCCGAAGAGGACAAAAUGGAAACUGAGCCGUCGGAAGCCGCACCGGCUGAAAAAGCCGAGAUAAAGAGCGAGAAGGAGGGAGAGUCGGAGUCGUGCGAGAAGCCGGAGGGCGCGACGGAGAAGAAGCCGGAGGAAGAGGAACCCGAGCCGGGAGACGAGGAGAAGCCAGAAGACGACUCCGAGGAAAACAAGGAGAACAUCGAAGCCGCCAAGGAAAGCGACCCGGCCAAGAAGAAAAUCGAAAACGACAUUUCUGAGGGCAACGUCGCGAUGGCUGCCGCCGCGGCCCUGGCUUCCGCUGCCACCAAAGCGAAGCAUCUCGCCGCCGUGGAGGAACGGAAGAUCAAGUCGCUGGUGGCCCUGCUGGUGGAAACCCAGAUGAAGAAGCUGGAGAUCAAGCUGCGGCACUUCGAGGAGCUGGAGACCAUCAUGGACCGAGAGAAGGAGGCUCUGGAGCAGCAGAGGCAGCAGCUUCUCGCCGAGCGGCAGAACUUCCACAUGGAGCAGCUGAAGUACGCCGAGAUGAGAGCGCGGCAGCAGCUGGAGCAGCAGCAGCAGCAGAGCCUGCAGCACCAGGGCGCGCCGGGACCCAACCUGGGUCACAUGGGGUCUCCUGCCCUGCCGGGGAUGAUGGGGCAGCAGCAGCCACCACCCUACGGGGUCCAUCACCCGAUGCCACCCCCCCAUCUGACACAGCCGGGCCAGAUGCCAGGACCGGGUUCCGUGAUGUCCGGACCACCCAUGCCCCCACGUAUGAUGCCCAACAUGCACCCAGCUAGCGGACCUCACCCACCUCCUCCCUCGGGCAUACCCCCAAUCCCUGGCAACAUAGCUGGUCCACGGGCCCCGGUGGCCCCCAAUGGCAUGUAUUCGGGGCCUCCACCUCCCGCCGAGGGUCCGACUCCCCCUCCCAUGGUGCCUCCUGCCCCAUCUGCCCCCUAAGCAGACCCUCGGAGGACUCAAACCGCUCGGCCGCUUCCCCGGAGUGGUUGUUUUUUAUACAGUAAAUGUCUCUAAUCGACCAAAUGAUAAAUACGGCUCUUCCGCAUACCUUUUUUUUGUUUUCUCGGGUAUGGUUUGAGUAUUUAUUGGGGCGCAGUGGGUCGGGGGUCCGUGCGUUGACCCCCCCGGGAUCUCAUCGACGUUUCAGCCGCCUCUUCUUCUCCCGACCUUUGUUUGCGUGUUUCGUUGUAGCGUUCGCUCCCGUUUCACAGGCUUUUGCUUCAUUUUUAUGACUUUUGUAAUAAAUCCUCACGUAGCCGUC